AUGGCACUCAAGAACGUCGGUAUCGCAGAGACAAUGAAGUUUACUAGGCUGGUCGUGCUUUUCACCCUGUUUUGGGGAUUUGGGAUAGCUUCACCCAUCAAAGUUCUCUUAACCAACUACGACGGCUCAAUAGCCUACUCGCUGGGCAGUUCGACGAGACCGUACUAUAUUCCCUCUCCAGGAAAGUCAGCAGCUGUUGGCAAUUACAGCAUUGGUCAGGGCGGGGGUAAUUGGGAGCCUGAAUUUGUUCCUUUCACGGUGCUGGUAUUGAAUGCAACCAUCAUCACCGGAAGUGUCAUUGAAGACACAUUGAAGGAGUACAAGGAGGACGAUGUCUAUACUGUAGACUUUCUUGUUGGACUUCAAAUUAUCUCGCUGAUAAAGCAUGCCAAACUCGACGAAUCCGGGAUUACAUAUCUUAAGUCAUUGUCGCUACCAUAUCUCCUAAUCGACAGCCAAUUAUCUUGCGGAGCUUCGAUUGGUAACUCAAUCAAGAACGCAAGGAUCAUUCCGCCUGGACCAUACGUGGGCAAAAUUCAUUCCGGAACGCUAUCGCUGUUUAAAACAUAUGGCACCUUUUACGACCAAUACGAUGCAUUCAUGGCCGGCGUAACCCCUAAUGAUGACGGUUCCUACGCAUACGCGCGGAUCUGGCAUCCAGAGCAUUACGAAAUUAUGAUUCCGUACCCCUCAAAGCUGUAUACAAGUCUCCUUGACCCAGCGCAAUAUCCGCUCGCAGGUCGCCGAUUCGGGAUCAAAGAUAUCAUCGAUCUCGAAGGCAUAAUCACAGGCGGUGGAUCACGUGAAUAUGCACGGCUUUACAACACGCCCAAGAACGAGACGGCGCCCGCCAUGGCUAAGUUGAUUGCACUGGGAGCAGUACCUGUGGGUAAGACGAAGAGUGCCACAUUCGCAUGGGGAGCUUGGCGAGACCAGAAUGACGAUAUACCCUAUUCUUGGAACCCUCGGGCUGAUGGCUAUCUUGGGCUCUCCGCCUCUAGUUAUGGAAGUGCAGCUGCUAUCGCUGCGUACCCUGAGUUGGAUUUCACAACUGGGACUGAUACACUUGGGAGUGUGAGAAACCCUGCCGACCGAGCGGGAGUUUACGGUUUGCGAACAACCUGGAGGGCCGUGGAAGUCGAGGGCAUCAUCACCAGCGCCAUCACAUUAGAUUCCGUUGGUUUCCUUACCCGCGAUCCAAUUCUCGCCCAAGCAAUCGCGAAUGUCUGGGAAGGCCAGGGAAAUGCCGCUUUGGCUCCCGGCCCCUUCACCUACCCCAAGAAGAUCAUAUAUCCUAUCGAAUGGUUCCCUGUAAAUUCUAGCGCGGCUCAAACUCUCAUUGACACUUGGAUUGCGAACGUCACCAACGCACUAGGCAUGACUAUCGAAUAUCAGAACACGAGCCAGAUCUUCCAGGAAGUCAUUGGCUACAACGGCACCAUGGGCGACUGGACAACGAACGUCAGCUCACUAGACAUAUACGAUAAUUGGGCAACCAUGGGGAGGCAGUUUGUGGAAGACUAUGGCAAGGCCUUUGGAGGCCGAUAUCCAGAGCUUGAUGUGAGCGUGAGGACGCCAUGGGCUGAGAGCCCAACGUAUACGAAAGAAUAUUACGAUGAGAAUACGGAGAGAGCUUGGGAGUUCACUGAUUUCAUCAAUAAUCAUGUCAUCACCGGGAAUAAUGACACUUGUUCGGACGGACUGUGGAUUUACCAGAUUGCGGAUACCGGUGGUGGUGUGCCUGAGUACCGCGACCGCACUCUAGACUACUUCCCCGACUUCGCGGGCGCUAUGCGUGGGGCGUCGAUAGCACCGUUCGCACAUACUACGGACAUUACCGUGCCCAUUGGUCAGAUCCCCUACAUGAGUGAGAUUUCGCAUGUUGAAGAGCAACUCGCUAUCACGCUAAACUUCGUCGCUCACCGUGGCUGUGACUUGGCGCUCAUGGAGUUCAUCAAGGCGUGCGCUGACGCCGGCUUCUGUGCUGAGGUCAAGACUGGGCGGACGGCAUUUUGAGAGUCCAGGGGCACGAUCUGAGCCUGUAAUCACUUCUAGAUCUGGGUCAAAUUGUCAACUUGAGAACAAGGUGCGUCAAAUAGGAGAGUCUACAUGUACUUAUUCCCUACCCCUUGGGUUGGCCCCGCAGGAUGCUACAAAUAACACACAAUGUAAAGUUUGAUGCAGUAG